AUGUUGGCAAAAAUUAAGAAGUUUGACAGUAACUCUGUUAGUAAGGCUGGGGAUACAGCUGGCCUCCCUCUGCGGAGGCAGCUGCUGGCCCUGUGUAGUGCAGGCUCUUUCCAGUACCCCACCCUCAUAUACAUCCUGCCAGUAUUUAAAGCCCGGAAGCCCCUGGUUCUUCCUCCUUUGGUUCUGCUUACUGUGGGUCGCGGAGCCCGAGAAUCUGGGUCUUUUAAAGAUUCCUGCCAGAAAUUCUACCAAGCAGAGAUGGAAGAGCUUGACUUUCUGAAUGCUACAGAGGAGUCCAGAAAACACAUAAACACCUGGGUCGCUCAAAAGACAGAAGAUAAAAUUACAGAGUUGCUGUCUCCAGGUUCAUUGGAUAAAAUUACCAAACUGGUUCUCGUGAAUGCCAUCUACUUCAAAGGAAACUGGGGUACACAGUUUGACAAAGAGCUCACCCAGGAGAGACCAUUUAAAGUCAGCAAGAAUGAGGAGAAGCCUGUGCAAAUGAUGUUUCAGAAGUCUACUUUUAAAAUGACCUAUAUAGGGGAAAUAUUCACCAAGAUUCUGGUCCUUCCCUACGUCAGCAAGGAGCUGAGUAUGAUCAUCAUGCUGCCCGAUGAACACAUUGACUUGAAAACGGUGGAGAAGGAACUUACUUAUGAGAAAUACAUAGAGUGGACCAACCCAGACAUGAUGGACGAAGAGGAGGUGGAGGUUUUCCUCCCUCGGUUUAAGCUACAGGAAAAUUAUGAUUUGGAGGAAGUCCUUCGCAGCCUGGGCAUGACCGAUGCGUUCGAAGAGGCCAGGGCAGACUUUUCUGGAAUGUCAUCCAGGAAAGACCUGUAUCUGUCCAAGGUCGUGCACAAGUCCUUUGUGGAGGUCAAUGAGGAGGGUACUGAAGCUGCAGCCGCCACAGCCUGUGAAUUCAUGUUGCUGUGCAGUCCUCCACUUUUCUGCGCAGACCAUCCCUUCCUCUUCUUCAUCCAGCACAGCAGGACCAGAGGGAUUCUGUUCUGCGGCCGAGUUUCUUCUCCGUGAGGAAACAGUCAUCCCUGGGUGCAGUCCUCUGCUUUCUCCCUCUGACCCACUUUUCUUCUGACACUCCACCAUGUGCCUGUGACCCAAGUGACCUUAUCAGUGCAGUGUAACAAUUCAGAAAUAAAGGGCCC